AUGAGAGGGGCACCCACACCUGCGGGGAGCUCUGGGAACAUCACAGUUUGGGAGGUGUACAUCGACUUUGCCCUUCUGGUGGCAAACAGCUUUGUUCUAAUAAUCACCUCCGUCGUGGGAACAGCAGCAAACAUUUUCGUCAUCCUGGCAGUGUGUCACCAGAAGUCGUUGCAAACAUCUGUCAAUGCGUUAGUGGUGAAUCUCGCUGUGGUGGACUUCCUCCGCUGCACUAUCGACUGCCCCGUUCUACUGCAUGUUAUGGUGACCCUGCACCGAAGAGGGCAUUUGGACCAUCUGAUCUGUGACACACAAACAGCCUUGUUCUCAUUCAGCUGCUGCAUCCAGCUGUCGACGCUGGGGUGCAUAAGUGCAGAGAGAUACCAGGCAAUUGCGAAUCCCUUCAAAACCAGUCAACGAAAAAGACGGAUGAUGGUGCUGAUCCCUCUUACCUGGAUCUUGGGAGUUUCAGUGGCUGCUUUUUGUCAGAUGUUUUUGAAAGACCCCACUGUAUAUUCAAGGUGCAAGGAAGGUCAACGAGGAAAAAUCCUCUCCUAUGACACCAUCGGUCUCUAUGUGCUGCUUCCUCUGUGGGUAUCCUGCUUCGGGAUUAUCACCGGAUUCUACGCUAGAAUAUUUGCUCUGCUGAGGUCACACAAUCGCAAAAUAUUUGAUGAAGGCACUUCUGUUCCCACAAAAGACUUCAAAGAAGAUAAGCAACCCCCUACAGUAGAAAAUGGACAAAACAAAUGUGAGAAAAAGCAGACCCCAAGCAUUAGUAUUGCUGAGCCGAAUUUAUUUGAGAAAAAUUCCCUGCUGACCUCAGGGGGAGCCCUCCAAAGCAACUCCAUCAGUUCUGAGAGGAAAACUGGCUUUAAAAAUACAGUGGAGAUGAGUCACUUGGAGAAGGUACAACCCCACCCUCCUGUAGCAGAGAACGCAAUGCAGCCUGUGGAGAAAAUGUUGGAAACAGAGCAACGCAGUGCUCAGAAAACAGAAGAAAAUGCCUCAAAUCAAGAUGGGAUUGCUAAGAGGACAAUGCAGGAAAAGUCAAGCAGUCUUAACCUAGAGUAUCAGGUCAGAGAAAGCCUGAAACCUGAAAGCCCUGUCAAGGGGAACAGUCUUCCUAAUGCGUCAUCUACACACCCAGAGCAUCCUGAAUCUAACUCUGUCCUGUUGACUGAUCAGGAACAAGAAAACAUAAGCACCAGAGGUGAAACACAGGCAGCACCUACGCUAGAUAAAGAGUCCACACAGCCCUCUGUCCAAAGUAAUGAAGCCACAAAAGAACACGUUCAGUUGGAGGGGGCUGUUUGCAUCAUGCCUUCGAAGGCAAGCAAGGAGAGAGCGAGAAAAAAGAAGGAGACUAAAAUGGCCAAACGUGCCGGCUAUAUCAUCAUAUCAUUUCUCCUAUUCUGGCUUCCCUUAAUCACAAUCAUCCUUCUCAGUUUUUUUCUUCACAAAAACACUGAUACACAGAUGCCCUUUCUUCAAGGGAUUGAGAUCCUGUCAGUGUCUGUUUCCUGCAUCACAUCACUUAGUGACCCGAUAAUAUAUGCUGCAGUGAACCCACAGUUUCGCUCAGAGUUUUAUAAGCUUAAAAACUGGGUUAAAUCCAGAUUCUAUAAGAGAUGA